CCUUUCCAAGAUGACUAAGAAGAGAAGGAAUAACGGACGCGCCAAGAAGGGCCGUGGACAUGUCCAGCCUAUCCGCUGCACUAACUGCGCCCGCUGUGUACCCAAAGACAAGGCCAUCAAGAAGUUUGUGAUAAGGAACAUUGUCGAGGCUGCAGCCGUGAGGGACAUCUCGGAGGCUAGCGUAUUUGACUCCUAUGUACUGCCCAAGCUCUAUGUGAAACUGCAUUAUUGCGUGAGCUGUGCCAUUCACAGUAAGGUGGUGAGGAACCGUUCUCGGGAGGCCCGUAAGGACCGGACACCACCUCCACGCUUUAGGCCUAGUGGUGCUGCCCCAAGAGCUCCUCCUAAGCCUAUGUGAAGAAAGAGUCAAAAUCUGAACAUACGUGCAAAGAAAUAAAAUGAUUUGAUGAG